CUUGCGACGACAUACAGUGAGACACGACGCGUGUGAACAUUAUUUAUUAUAGUCAUUAAUUUAGUGUCUAACGAAACAGUGCUGUGGUCAUAUUCAACUUUAAGAUGAGGACACAAUUAGCUGCAUUCUUCCUAUUUAUAAGCUACGUGCAAUGCGCCCUUCCUAGAGGGUACGUGGUGAACAAAUCCCUAGGUGCUGCAUACCGGUUGGUGUAUAACUCUAGAGCCUGGCCAGAUGCCAACGAACACUGCAUGGAUGAAGGGGGCCACCUCGCUGUUCCUAGAUCUGAGGAGGAGUUCAACUUCCUACAGAAGUUAGUGCGAGCGAUGCACUACCCCAGUGUAAGUGACACAGAUAACAAACUAGUAGUGUGGCUCGGCAUCACUAACAUCGAGGAUUACAAGAUUUGGAAGAAUUUAUACGGUGAAGAUAUAACGACUACAGGAUUUCACAAAUGGGCCGGUGAAAAUGGCCAGAGUUUCAGCGACGACCCCUCAGAACCCCACUGCGCCGCCAUGGACCCCGCCAACCCCGGCCUCCGCGACUACUGGUGUCACCGCCGGCAACCCUACCUCUGCCAAAUAGAUCUACAAACUUAACAACUUGUUUCAUUUACCCUUUUAAUCAAAAGCACUUCAAAUGUUUCGUGAAUUGACACAUUGAUUAGACGUCUGAAUCAAACUUGAUUCUAUCUUGUUCGAAUUACAGCCCUUUAUUAAAAGAUAUUUCAAAAGCUA